AUGAACCACUUGGUAAUUCUCCCAUGCCAUUCUGUGUGGCUCGGCGGAGACUCCAAGGGCCAGAGCCGUGAUGAAUGGAUCUUAGCGCCGUUCCAAAUUGAGGGGAACGACCAUCUCUGUUUUAUUGAACACAUCACUGCGAGCAUCGAGUUGCUCCAAAGGGACCCCGGGGCGCUCUUGGUGAUCUCGGGGGGCCAAACCAAGACGGAGACUCCGUUGACAGAGUCCGAGUCGUACGCUACGCUUGCCCAGAACUUGUUCGACGGGCUGGACCUGCUGGUGUUCUCACGUGUUGUCACGGAGAAGUAUGCCCGAGACUCAAUGGAGAAUGUCAUUUUUCUGAUCUGUAGAUUCUACGAGGAAUAUCACAAGUACCCUGAGAAGGUCACGGUCGUAGGGUUUGAGUUCAAGCGUAAUCGGUUUGUGAACCACCACUUUGCGGCGUUGUUAUGGCCCUUGGAACACGUAGAGUACGUAGGCAACUGUCCUGAUCCUCGCGAGUACAACGACGAGGAACGUGCGGCCUAUUUCGAUGAUUUGGAUGCCUGUGAAUACAAAUUUGCCGUCCAAUGCUUUGCAAAAGAUUGGUUUGGCGCCACUGGACUGCUCUUGAAGAAGAAGGAGACGAGAAACCCACACGGUCAACGUCACACGUAUCUGGCUUCCAACGCGAGACUUGGAGCCUUCUUCAGAGCUGUAGAUGAACAGGGGGCCAAUGAAGAGAUCCAGGAACUGUUACAGGGUGUUUGGAAUUAA